CGCCAGGUAGGCUCCGCAGGCGCACCCGGGGGUUAAAACCUGGCCGGCCGGGACAGCCCAUGAGCCCGCUGGAGAUGGAGGGCGACGGCCUGGAGAAGUCAGAGGGCCGGCCGGCGUCUUCGCGACCCGAGUUCGAGCGCCUGGCAGCGGAGGUCGGGCUGAGUACGCUGCUGGCCCUGGCGCUGUUCGUGGCGGUGAGGCUGAGUUUGGACGCCGCGCACCGCUGGCGAGCGAAGGUCUCGGCGCUCGUGGUGGGCGCCGGCCCGGUGGGACUGACGGCCGCCCUGGUCGCUGUCCGCUCGGGCAAGGUGCUGAAGCUGACGCUGCUGGACGCGCGUCCCCGCGCCGCCCUCCUCUGCCGGCCCCAGCAGAUCGCGCUCGACCCCCGCAGCGUCCGAUUCCUGCUCAGCCUGGGGGUGGACUUCGACAACCUGGAAGGCUGCUGGGACAAGGAACACUUCUUCACCAAGGUGGGCGUCUUCCAGGAGCACCUACUCAGCGUCCUGGAACAGCACAAGAGGCAACUGGAUCUCCAGAUCUUGCUGGGCACCAAGUUCUCAGAUGAUUUCCUAAACAAGAAUUUAGCCUCUGACUGGCCAAAGAUAAUUGUCUUAGCUGAUGGAUCCUGUGGUGAAUCAAGUGCAGUGCUCGGAAUCAGCCCAGAAUACACUGUGGAGUCUUGCAAUGCUUAUGGAGCUAAUGCAAUCAUUGACAGACCUGAUCAACGACAGGUACCAACUCCAGAGAUCCUUGCUCAUAAUUUGUACUUUGAUCUCUCUGCUUAUGGCAUGGAUCCAUCAGCCACAAAAACAGAAGUUCCAAAAACUGCGUUCCACCUCAAAAUCUAUGGCACAUUCCGCAAUCGCUGUUUGGCUUUGGCAUGUCCUGCUUCUGACUCCAAAGUUGUACGGUUCCUCCAUCACACACUCAGUUCUACUAUAAUGAAAAGUAUCUUCCAGCAGUCUUUCAAUGCUUAUAAGAUGGAUAUUGAGCCAAGAAUUUGUGAAUCGUCUCUGCAUUGUAUCCAGUGCAGUCGGCGACUCUUUGAAAUUAUGCUAUCCCAUCGACGGGUUACCACAGCUCUCGUUGAUAAGGACAACAUUGUUGUCACUGUUGAAGGCGAAGCGGCCAGAAUGCUGAAUUUUGACACAGGCUCUGGAGUUAAUCUCGGUCUGAGAGGUUUGGAGUCAAUAGAAGAACUGAUUUAUAAGGUGGCCACCGCUGUGAAUCAGCAGGAUGUCUUUGAGGCCCUGGCAGCUAAAAUCCAGCAUUCCAAACAAGUGGUUGAAGAUUUUAAGCAGAAUGGAUUAUCUGCUACCAUGUUUGAAUGAUCAGAUCAGCCGCAGCAGAGAUCUAUGGGCAUUCUUCUAUCUUUCUGCACAUGAAGAAAAGAGAGCCUUUUCUUUUCAUUUAAGGAAGAAAAAAGACAAGCAGAAUCAACACGUUUAAUUAUGAUUAACCUUUUAAUCAGAUCAGGUAACAUAAAUUCAAAUACAUUUUAGAAAAAAUAAAGGGACUUUGGGGUGAAUCUCCCUUGAAUUUAUUCCCAUAACAACAGCCCUAUGUUAUAUGUUGGCUAAGUAAUACUGACACUGAACUUUUUUUAUCAGGGGUGAAUUUAAACCCAAGUAUCUUGUUCCAAGUGUAACCUAAUAUUUUAUGCUUCUAACUAUGGGGGAGAUCUUCCAUAAUCCUACCCUGGUAACAUCCGCCAUUUGGAAAACACUGCAAAAUUGGCUGUCCCAAGCAAAUAAUUCCACUCUAGUUUUAUCUCCUGUUUUGAUUCCAUUUUAUAGGGUUAAGUAAUGUGAAACUGAUGCAAAAAGAUGUAUUUCUGGAUGCUUCCCUAUGCGCCUGUACAGC